AUGUUUGAACAUCAAAACAAUAUUGUUCUAUUCAAUGGUCUACCAGCAUCAGGUAAAACAUACUUGUGCACCCAACUGACCUAUUACAUUGUAAAAUUAUUAGAGUCUACAUCAAACAACGAUGAUAAUAAAUCAUUUCUAAUCUAUCAUAUUGAAUAUGAUAAGAUUUAUCAUUUAAUACAAGAUUCUAUCAAGAAUAACAGAAAUCUACAAACUACAACAACGGCAACAAUGGUUGCAAAAGAUAACAUCAAUCUAACAACUAGUAGUUGGAAAAUAGUAAGACAAGAAAUACAAUAUCAAAUCGAAUCAUUGCUAAACAACAAUAGUUUAAAGUCAUUCCUUUUAUUACCACCGAUCGAACCAAUUUACAGAUUCCACGAUAAUAGCAACAAUGAUCAUAAUAAUAAUAAUAAUAAGAAUAAUAAUAAAACAAUAUAUAAAAUAAUACUAUUAGAUGAUAACUUUUAUUAUAAAAGUAUGAGAUAUAUUUAUUAUAAAAUAGCGAAGCAAUAUCUAUAUUUAUCAAAAUUAAAUAAUAAACUUAGAUUACAACAAUUAUUAAACUGUCAAACAAAACCAUUUGAACAACUGAUAGUUACAGACGAUGUCAUUGAUAAAAUGAAUCAAAUAUUCGAAGAUCCAAAUCCACAAAGUCAUAAAUGGGAAUUAAACACCGUAGUAAUACCAACCAUAAACUCUUCAAAUCAUAAUUCAUCAGUAUCAAUAGAAUCAAUAUAUAAUGAAAUUAUCAAGAAUUUAAAUACACCCAUUGUUAUAGAUAAUAGUUUAGACCAACAAUUACUUCAACAACAGCAAAUAGAUAGAGAUAAUACAAAGAACAAUACAAUUCAUCAACUAGAUCUUGAAUUUAGAAGAUCUGUUAAUCAUCUACUAUCAAGCCAUCCAGAGUAUAGGAGUAAAGCUAAACUUCUAAGUAGUUAUAAACAACAAUUUCUAAAACAACUAUUCGAUUAUAUUGAUAUGCAACAUGAUCAUAAUGAUGAUAAUGAAGAAGAAGAAGAAGAUGGUCAUAAUCAACGAUCACAGCAACAAAAUCUUGAUGAAUCAACUAUUGAACAUUUAAUACAAAGAUUUAAUAAUGGUUGUUUAUCAUUAUUAGAAUCAAACAACUAA